CAGCUGUUUUUAGAUUAAUUCGCUUGAAGGAAGACCUUAUAAUUGGGCCAUGAUUCUGAAUAUAAAUUCCAAAUAGUAAACAUAAAAUACAUACAAUAACUCGGUAAACUUAAACUAGCAGCACGAAUUAAUGGUGAAUUCUUUUAUAUGUGCGGCGAAUUUAAACACUACUGUAGAUCUGCAAGAGUAAAGUGCAAUAUACAAAAAUGAGAUUUGUGAAGGAUCCUUGUGGAAUUGCUUGUUUAAUCAUUACUUAUUUAAUGGUGGUAUAUGCAGACUACGUGGUAAUGCGGUGGAUAAUACUUCAGACGAUGCAGACAAGUAUAUGGGGUCCGAUACACGUAAUUUUCUUCAACACGGUGGUUUUUCUUCUUGCCCUGUCUCAUUUGAAAGCGGUUUUAUCCGACCCGGGAACUGUGCCACUACCAGUCAAUCGUCUAGACUUUUCCGAUUUACAUACUGUAGGGAAAAAUAACGGAAAUAGUCAUAAUGACUGGACAGUUUGUACAAGAUGCGAGACUUACAGGCCUCCUCGAGCUCACCAUUGUCGGAUUUGCAAGCGCUGCAUUAGACGGAUGGAUCAUCAUUGUCCGUGGAUUAACAAUUGUGUUGGCGAACGUAACCAGAAAUUCUUUCUACAGUUUCUUGUAUAUGUGGGUAUGCUGGCAUUGUAUUCCAUUGCUCUAGUGGUUGGAUCGUGGAUAUACCCUUGUGUAGAGUGUGAAUCAGACACAUUGGAAUCCCAAACAAGACUAUUACACAGUGUAAUUUUGCUUUUGGAAUCAGCUCUGUUUGGUCUAUUUGUUUUGGCUAUCAUGGUUGACCAAAUGCAUGCCAUCUUGCAUGACGAGACUGCCGUGGAACAGGCACAACAAAAAGGAUCGUAUCGACCAAAUAGACGUAAAAUCUAUCUUCUAGCAGAUGUAUUUGGUAGAGGUCAUCCCAUGUGCUGGCUUUGUCCUUGUACGAGUUUCACAUCUUCAUCCUCGCUACGCUACUAUGAUACGCCUCUUCUAAGCCAUGACGUAUAAUUUUGAAAGAUUUCAGCAUUUAAAAAAUAAUUUCUCAAUGUCUUUCUCUUGCAUGAAAGACAAAAGUGAUACAAGUAAUGUAGGAUUUAUUCCUUAGAAAUACUACUCCGUCUGAGUAUCCAUUAUUCCGUAUCCAUGGAAGGUAAAUAGGUUUUUAAGGAGGAAAACGAUUCCUAUUGGAAUGUGACUGUUUUAGUUUCUUAAUAAUUAGUUAAAUUAUAAAACAAUACUUUGUGUGUAUGCAGUCCCUAUUCUAUAAGUUUUAUUUAUUUAUAUUUAGAUACAUUGUUACUGAUUAAGGUUACUCACACUGAAAGUAUGCAGCUGAACAUAUUACAGAAGCAGUAUGUAUAUUCGUGUAUGAUACGCAUUAUCGUGGGCGCCGAUUUGUACUUUUCGAGUUUAGCGAGAGUUUUGAGCAAAUUGUUUGAAAAAUCGUCGCAGAUAUUUUUAACGAAGCAUUCAACCGAAAUAUGCAUCAUUUUGUAACUAAUGAUUUGUCGUGGACACACAAUUGUGUGGUUCAUAAACAGCUACAUUGUGUUUAUUUGUUUUGCAAGUCAACAAUUUCCUUUUUUAUUUUUGGGGAAAUUUUACGUUUUCCUUCGGAGCUAAGACCGAUAAGCCUAUAGUUUUCGAUCUAGCUAAGAAUUUUAGUCGGUUCCUUUUUUAGGGCACGAUGCCUCUAAACUUUUAUAAAUGAUUACUUGAUUCGUAAGCUCAGAAGAAAUACAUAUGACCUGUUACCACUGUGUGUUCUUUAGGUUUCCCGUUGGCCUUACAAUUUCUACAGUAUUGAAAUAACAAAACAACAAAUGAAUAUCUAAAUUGGUCUCAACAAAUGAGAAUUGGUCUCAAAACUCUCGUAUAAGUACGAUCAAUGGUAUUGUUCUUAAACACUAAACGCUGGUUGUAUGUAUGUAUUUUAGUUUCCAUUGCUGCAUGCUUUUUGUGUGAGCGACUGUAUGGCAGUAGAUAUGAAAUAACCGAUGGCAAAUGAGAUUGGAAUUAAUGUGUAAUAUGUGCUUGAUUUGAAGUCGUAAACUUGUAAGUACAUGUACGUAUUGUAAUGAAACCAAAGCAAUGUCUUAAUAAACAAAAUUGUAAUGGAUAUUACAAUUUAAUUACAAAUAAAUGAAA